UGCUCCCAACGCACAGACUGCAGCCAAGCAGGUGAAUCUUCUCUCUCUCACAAGUAGAGAGCAACCGACGGAAACGACUCUCUUGCGCAGCCUCCAUACAGACGGAUUUUCGGGGGAGAAGCGAUCCCGAAGGUAAAACCCUAAUUUCCAGACGCCCUAAACUCUAAUUCAUCUGCGGCUUUGGAAGCAACAAUUGGGCUUUAUGAACGUUACUUGUUAGAGUCAAAUAUGGAAAGUUCCACAUCUUCAUUAACAUUCAAAGGUUCUAUUCCCGAAGCGAUCAUUGAAGCACAAAAAAAGAGGAAGCUCUUCGUAGUAUACAUUUCAGGCGAAGAUGAAAAUUCUGUUCUUUUGGAACAGACAACAUGGGUGGAUUUGAAUGUAGCAGAAUCAAUUUCAAGGCAUUGUGUUUUCUUGCAUCUUGUGCAUGGAAGUGUUGAUGCAUCACGGUUUUCUGCCAUUUACCCACAGAAAUCUGUCCCAAGCAUAUCUGCUAUUGGAUACAAUGGUGGCAAGUUGCUGUGGCAGCACGAAGGCUAUGUCAAUGCUGAAAAACUUGUGGCCGACAUUCAAAAGGCAUGCACAAGCCUCCAUCUACAGGAAACAACUGCUACUGUCCUUACUGCGGCUGCACUUGCUUCAAAGAACCCUGAACCUCAGAGAUUUAAUGCAACUAGCAUUGCCUCUUUUGAGCAAGGAAGUUCUUCAACAACUAACAUUCCGACUUCUUCAACAGAAGACCCCCCUCAAGGCUCAGAGACCAAACCACUGAUUACUUCUGAGAUCAUAGGGGAAAACCUAACCUCUGAUCCAAUUGCUGAGAAAUAUUCUAAACUUGAUGAAGAGACCACUUCGCAACCAACUCAUGUCAAUGAGUGGGAAUGCGGCAAUGAUGGACGCUCAAUUUCAACAAGCAAAACCUCUAAAAGUUCAUUUAGCCCUGCAACAAUAGAUGUGGCUGAGUCUGACAUUGAGACUAGACCUUUAAAUGUUGGAAAUGGUUCUGUUGCACCACCAGAUGGCAUUACUUUGAAUGAUCAUAACACCAGAAACUCUAUGGGAUCUUCUGGUGAAAUGCCCACAAAUCAUGGUCCAGAAUUUUCCCAAGAAAGGCCACAGGUAUCUGUGAAUGAGGUUGAAGACAGUUCUCUGGAGAAGCCUGAUGGAUCAGCCAGUCAUGGAAAUGUCACUCGAUUGAACGAAGUUCAUCUCAAUAUUCGUUUGCCUGCUGGCAGCAGCCUCCAAGUGAAGUUUUCCAUAACUGAUACACUGAGAAUGGUGAAGAACUAUGUAGAUGAGAAUCAAACGGAUGGAAUAGGCGCAUACGAUCUCGCAAUUCCUUAUCCUCGAAAAGUAUUCAAUGAGCAAGAUAUGAGCAAAGCACUUUCAGAACUGGGAUUUUUUAACAGGGAAGCAUUAAUAGUCGUUCCACACCGCCCAGUCUCUGGGUCCUAUAGAGGGCAAUCAUCAUCACAUGAGAACUCAAGCUCCGUGAGUGACACUGAUACUUCAGCUGAUAAUGGUGGGGGAUAUUUUGGAUAUGUGAGGGGGAUAUUAUCAUACAUGAAUCCCUUCUCCUAUUUCGGUGGAAGUGCAAACCCAUCAAAUUCAGAACCAACUCCAAAUGAUGAUUUAUGGCAAUAUCGUCCAAAUCCUACCCACCGGAGUGCUUCAUCGGGAGCAGAAAGGUCCCAUCGUCCAUACCCACCUGGCACCACUCCUGGUGAGAAUGUCAGCAAUGCCAGGAAAACGACAACCACAGGAUUUGGGGGCAACAUCCACACUCUAAAACAUGAUGAAGAUGAUGGCCCAUCCAGUGAUAGGAAUACUUUCUGGAAUGGAAAUUCUACUCAAUAUGGCGGCGGUGACAGUAAGUAAGAAAGCACCUGCCCCCCCCUUUAAAACUGAAUGUUACGUGAAUAAUCAGCUGCCACUUGUGGGCCUUGUAUUACCUCCACCCUCGCUAGAAAGAGGAUUUAUAUGAAAGGUGGCCAUGGAUCAUUACAGCAUACACUGGUUUUCAGCUCGGGCAAGUUGUGCCAAUGGUCUGGUAAUGCAGACCAUUGGUCUAUGGAGUCCUGUCGUGGAUGGACCCAAAAAAUCUCCCAGGUUUUAAGCUAGUAGGGACCAAUAAAGGGGGUUUUUUAGUUGAUCGUGGAGCAUUAGUUGUUGCUCUUUUUAGCGUCUAUUUGUAGCCACAAAUCAAAAGCUCACUGUCACUUGUUGCAUGGUCCCUCCACAGCAGACCACAAUAGACCAUUGCCUGGAUUACCUACCUGUAGGCCCCAGUUGUCAUGACUGAAACCUGUGUAUGUACUGUCAGGGAAGAUGCAGGCCACGUGAUAGUUUUCCUAUUUUUAGUGAAAGAUAACACAUGAGCUGCUUAUGCUUAUCUAUUUAAUUUUAUUGCUUUUGGAUGUGAGAAGGUUCUUA